UUGUUAACCAUAUCCUUUCAUUUCUCCUGCUUCCCCUACUCUCUCUCUAUCUCUCAAAGUUUCUGGAAUUCUUACUGAGUAAACUCUACCUAGAUCUACCAAAAACACAAAAGAACAUACAUAACUGAAACACUAAGGUGCAGAAAGAAUAUAUCAAUGGUGGAGAUAGCGUCCCCAUCGUCUUCAUCCUCCUUUAUGUCGUUUUGUCAAGACUCCUCUCCCCCACUCCAACAACGCCUCCAGUUCAUCCUCCAAAGUCGCCCUGAAUGGUGGGUCUACGCCAUCUUCUGGCAGGUUUCCAAGGAUGCCACUGGCCAUCUUGUUUUAUCGUGGGGUGAUGGUCAUUUCAGAGGAACAAAAGAAUUUGCAGCCAAAGCUUGCAACAAGCAGAACCAACCCAAAUUCGGCUUCAAUCUUGAAAGAAAGAUGAUUAACAAAGAGUCCCAAAUUCUCUUCAGUGAUGAUAUUGAUUUGGACAGAUUGGCAGACUUGGAUGUUAUUGACUAUGAAUGGUUUUAUACGGUGUCAGUAACACGAUCAUUCACUGUUGAGGAUGGAAUUCUUGGCAGGACAUUUGGCUCCGGGGCUUUUAUUUGGUUGACGGGCAACCAUGAGUUACAGAUGCACGAGUGUGAGAGAGUUAAAGAGGCUCGUAUACAUGGGUUACAGACACUGGCCUGUAUUUCAACCCCUUAUGGAGUUAUUGAAUUGGGUUCCUCGACUACGAUCGAUAAAGAUUGGAGCCUAGUGCAACUCUGCAAAUCGCUCUUCGGUGGAGACACAGCCUGUUUCGUCUCAAAGGAGCCAAGCCUUGAGUCUCACCUUCAUAUUCCUAAUACUUCUUUCCUUGAUAUUAGCAUGUUCUCAGCUUCUCAAAAAGAAACCUCUGUGGAAAAGCAAAAUGAAGGCGACAAAAAGAAAGAUGCCACUGGUCAAGGUCGCUCAUCAUCCGACUCGGCACGUUCUGAUUCUGAUGGAAAUUUUGCUGCUGGAAAUACUGAUCGGUUCAAGAAAAGAGGAAGAAAGCAACUAGACGGCAAGGAUUUGCCUCUGAACCAUGUUGAAGCGGAGAGGCAGCGCAGAGAGAGGCUGAAUCAUCGAUUCUAUGCACUCCGGUCUGUAGUUCCUAAUGUGUCAAAGAUGGAUAAAGCAUCUCUACUAGCAGAUGCAGUUACUUACAUCAAGGAGCUCAAGGCCAAAGUUGAUGAGUUAGAGUCCAAACUACAAGCAGCAUCCAAGAAAUCCAAGAUUACCAACGCCACUGACAAUCAAAGCACCGACUCGAUGGUCAAUCACAUCAGAUCUUCUUCAAUAUACAAAGCCAAGGCAAUGGAACUGGAGGUGAAAAUCGUAGGAUCAGAAGCCAUGAUAAGAUUCUUGACUCCAGAUGUUAAUUACCCAGCAGCAAGAUUGAUGGAUGUGCUUCGAGAAGUGGAGUUCAAGAUUUAUCACGCAAGCAUGUCAAGCAUUAAGGAGAUGGUGCUUCAAGAUGUUGUGGCUAGAGUUCCUGAUGGACUCACAAAUGAAGAAGUGGUGAGAAGUGCUAUUCUCCAAAGAAUGCAGAACUAAGCUUCAACCUGAUCUCCUAUUAACCAACAAACAUAAAAUGUGGUCAACGUGUGUUUGGUUUUUCAUUUUCCUCGAAUAAUUCGCGAAAUGUUUUACCUUUCUGCAGUGUGUGCAAUUGUAAAGAACAACAAUGUUGUUAAAAUUGUUGUUUGGGUGCUCUUCGUUUUUCUAGUUUCUGUUGUUCUUAAAAUCAUUGUUGUUCUUUGAGUGCUCUCCGUACGUUUUUGUUGUUUCUUUUGAGCGCUCCUCUUCGUUUUUGUAGUUUCUCUUGUUCUUAAGAAAAUUGUUGUUCUUUCAGUGUUCUUCA